CGCACGAGACAGUUCGAGAGCAGAACAUGGCUAGCGUGCAUAUAUUUUGGAUCGCUUUGUUGUUAUUCGCGUCAACGAACGAGAUUCGAGCACGAGAAGCAAUUAGGCCAGCAGAAGAAGUGGGUCAAAUAAUCAAAGAUCUUGUGGGAGCGAAUGGGGCAGCUGAAGACGGCGCCGCGUGUAUAUUGGACAUUCAAAAGGAUUUGCCACACUCCAAACAGCAGCCGCUUUACCUGCACCCCGACACGGACACCUACUGGCUGCCCAAUAAAGAGGGAAAGUUGGAGAUACCAACAAAUGAAAAUAUCGAGCUCUAUUGUGAGAAUUCAUUUUCGAUUGGCGAUAGCAUUGAGCACGGCUCAUCCCUACGGGUUCGCUGCCUGAAUGACAACAUAUUUCAGUGGAACGGGCAAAAAUGGGAGUUGGAAGACUUUACCUGCUCCACACCACUGAUCUAUACUGUGGAGCGACUGAGCCAGCCGUGUGGGGAUGGAGACGACCUGUCGCCGGCUCGACUGUAUCGCGUGGGCUACAACAUCAGCGAGGGUCGAUUUGUGCGUACCAAUGACCUCUGCCACGAUGCAAGUCAGCUACAAACACUCUACGCUGCCUACCAAUUGAUCCCGGCAAAUUCGCUCUUUCAGCGAGGAGUUAAACGCAUUAAGUUCAGUGCCGCUGGCCACUUUUCCGGUUACGAUAUGAACACACUCUACUCACAAAAAAGGCAGCUAAGACGAGUGGGGGAACUGUUUCAAAGACUCAAUGCCACAGAGAACGGGUCGAGUUUCCUGGCAAAGGGACAGUACCUCACACGCGGCCACCUGGCAGCCAAAGCAGACUUCAUUUAUGCCAGCCAGCAACGCACGACCUUUAACUACAUGAAUGUGGCACCGCAGUGGCAGAUAUUCAAUGGUGGCCCCUGGCAAAUCAUAGAGGACAAAAUUCGAGAGCUUGUGUCUCGCCUAGAUCUCUCGGUGAGCGUCUAUACGGGCACCUAUGGUGUCAUGCCGCUUUCAAAGCAGACUGCCUUCCAUUUGGCCAACAAUGCAAAUGGCAAUGGCAAUGGCGUGCUGCCCGUUCCGCUUCUCUACUAUCGCUUGCUCAUUGAUAAUCAAAAUCCCAGUCGUGGCCUGGCCAUCAUGGGUGUCAAUAAUCCGCAUGCUACGCAGAGCGAGAUAGAGGAAUCGUACAUUAUUUGUCCACGUGUCGAAGUACCCUCGCUUCAUAGCUGGCUGCAGGCGAAAGAUCUCAGAAAAGCAUAUCUCUAUGCGUGUCGUGUGGCAGAUUUGGCAAUGGCCGUGGGCCAUUUGCCGCCUCAGCUGCAAGAUGUAAACGAGCUGAUAGAGGAGUCGUAAAAUCUUGAAUUUAAAUCAUGGUCAUGCCAUUAUCAGAAGACUGUGUGCGAAAGCUUGGGAAUUUUAAAUAAAA